GGGUUGAGGCCGGGAGAGGGGUGCGCGCCUGCGCAGAGCCCCUCUGAAGCUGCGGCGGCGUCUGAGGCAACAGCAGGAAGCUUGCCCACCAUCACCCUAGAGGGGGGCCGUAACGCCUCUUUAUCCCUGCAGGGCUUCCCCUUAGCGUUCCCUCUCUUGGUCCUCGGCAGGCGGCAGCGGCUGAGCAGCCAUGUCGCUGAACCAGUACGAGAGGCACUGCGACUCCAUCAACUCCGACUUUGGCAACGAGUCGUCCAGCAGGAGCGGCCCCCGGCCUGGCCCCGGCCCCGGGCCUGUCUUUGGCGGCGAGCAGGAGGAGUUGCAUUAUGCCCCCAUCCGUGUUCUGGGCCGGGGGGCCUUCGGAGAAGCCACGCUGUACCGCCGGACGGAGGAUGACUCGCUUGUAGUAUGGAAGGAAGUGGAUCUUACCAGACUGUCAGAAAAAGAACGCCGUGAUGCUUUGAAUGAGAUAGUUAUCCUUGCUCUGUUGCAGCAUGACAACAUCAUUGCCUAUUACAAUCAUUUCAUGGAUAACACCACACUGUUGAUUGAACUGGAGUAUUGUAAUGGAGGGAACCUCUAUGAUAAGAUCCUGCGGCAGAAAGACAAGUUGUUUGAGGAAGAGAUGGUGGUGUGGUAUCUAUUUCAGAUUGCAUCAGCAGUAAGCUGUAUUCACAGGGAAGGAAUUCUUCAUAGAGAUAUAAAGACGCUGAAUAUCUUCCUCACCAAAGCAAAUCUUAUAAAACUAGGUGACUAUGGUUUGGCGAAAAAGCUGAAUUCUGAGUAUUCCAUGGCUGAAACUUUGGUAGGAACGCCAUACUACAUGUCUCCAGAACUUUGCCAGGGAGUAAAAUACAACUUCAAAUCUGAUAUCUGGGCAGUUGGCUGUGUUGCCUUUGAGCUCCUCACACUGAAAAGAACUUUUGAUGCAACAAAUCCCUUGAAUUUGUGUGUGAAGAUUGUACAAGGGAACCGGACAAUGGAGGUUGAUUCUAGUGUUUAUUCUCCAGAUCUCAUCCAGAUGGUGCAUUCCUGUCUUGAUCAGGAUCCUGAGAAGAGGCCUACUGCUGAUGAGCUGCUUGAGAGUCCCCUUAUCAGCAAGUGCAGGAGGGAAAUGGAAGAGAAGGUUGUUCUGCUGAAUGGGCCAAACAAACGACCAAGAACCAGCACCAUGAAUGAGGCUCCCAUUGCAGUGGUGACUUCUCGCACUAGUGAAGUAUAUGUAUGGGGAGGUGGAAAGUCAACUCCACAGAAGCUUGAUGUCAUUAAAAGUGGCUGCAGUGCACGACAAGUUUGUGCAGGAAACACUCACUUUGCAGUGGUUACAGUUGAAAAAGAGCUCUAUACGUGGGUGAACAUGCAGGGGGGCACAAAAUUACAUGGUCAACUGGGGCAUGGAGACAGAGCCUCCUAUCGGCAGCCUAAGCAUGUGGAAAAACUGCAGGGUAAAGCUAUUCGCCAAGUGUCUUGUGGAGAUGACUUCACUGUCUGCAUCACAGAUGAGGGACAAGUCUUUGCUUUUGGCUCAGACUACUAUGGCUGCAUAGGUGUUUCCAAGGCAUUUGGCUCUGAAGUGUUGGAGCCUGAACAGCUGUUCUUCUUCCACAACAAUCCAGUGGAGCAAGUUUCUUGUGGAGAUAACCAUGUUGCAGUGUUGACCCGAAACCGAGAAGUCUACACAUGGGGCUGUGGAGAAUAUGGCCGGUUAGGUUUGGAUUCAGAAGAGGAUCACUCCCUCCCACAGAAGGUGGAAAUUCAGAAGACCUCCAACAUUGUCUCCGUCCAGUGUGGUAGUGAUGGCACCUUUCUGCUCACACAGACAGGCAAGGUGUUGGCUUGUGGUUUGAAUGAAUUCAACAAGCUGGGUCUGAAUCAGUGCACUUCAGGGAUAAUUAAUCAUGAUGCUUACCAAGAAAUUCCAUAUGCUACUUCUUUCACUCUGGCUAAAAAACUCUCCUUCUACAAGAUUCGCACCAUUGCUCCAGGAAAGACACACACGGCUGCCAUAGAUGAGCGGGGUCGUUUGCUAACCUUUGGCUCCAACAAGUGUGGUCAGCUGGGUGUUGGAGACUACAAGAAGCGUCUGGGCAUUAAUCUGCUGGGAGGACCUCUUGGGGGGAAGCAGGUCAUCAGAGUUUCCUGUGGUGAUGAGUUCACUAUAGCUGCUACUGAUGAUAACCAUAUAUUUGCCUGGGGUAAUGGCGGGAAUGGCCGUUUAGCCAUGACUCCAACUGAGAGGGCUCAUAGCUCUGAUAUUUGUACAUCAUGGCCUCGGCCCAUUUUUGGUUCCCUGCACUAUGUUCCUGACUUAUCUUGCCGUGGAUGGCACACCAUCAUAAUUGUUGAAAAAGUUAUAAAUUCUAAAACCAUCCUCCGUUCUAGUAGCAGUGGCCUGUCUAUUGGGACUGUGGCUCAGAACACUACAACUGAAGGAGGAGAAGAGGAAGAAAGUGAGCGGGAUUCUGAAACACCUGAUCCCAGCAGAGGCUUUCGAGGAACCAUGGAAGCAGACCAUGGAAUGGGGGAUCGGAUCAGUGCAACAGAAGCAGUUGCAGAUAGCAGCGAUGCUAGCAGCUCCUGUCCUAGUUGGCUGCGCAAGGAGCUGGAGAAUGCAGAGUUCAUCCCGAUGCCUGAAACCCCCUCUCUUGUGAGCCUGACCUCUUCAGAUUCCGAUAAAGAAACUCUUCCCUACAAUGAACUGAAGGGAUUUCACAUGCCGUCACCCACAUCUGUUGAUAUUAACAAGGCCAAAACAGGGUCCUGGCAGCACCUUUUGGAUUCAGCAGAGCCCUGUUGUGGGGAGAAAACAUCUGUGCUACCAUCUACAUGUAAAUGCAGUUUGCUGCAAGCUGAAGUGGAGCGUCUGAGUAGUUUAAUAUCCAAGUGCUUGGCUGACCAAGAGAAGCUGCAGCAAGAAACCACCCGUCUCAGUGCCCAGCUCCAGUGUCUGUCCAGGAGGACAGAAGGAACACAGCAACUGAUGGCUCAUUCCAAAGCCACACAAACAGCCAAGGAAGAGAUGGAAGCAGAUCCAAAGCCUGACUUGGAUUCCGACUCCUGGUGUCUCCUGGGAACUGACUCAUGCCGCUUCAGCCUGUAGUCUUCUGAGUCCACUGGAAUACAUCCAAUUUCACAGCACAUUAACUGAAUGCAGAGAGCAGCUUUCCUGGCUUCAGGUUCUUUAAGAACAAGGAGGUCAGGGUCUCUACAGCAUCCAUGUAUGCAAGAGGGGAAGCACUUCCUUAAGCUAUGAACCUAGGAGGGACUUUAGAGAGAGGCAGAGCCAGUGUCUGUUCAGACAUCAGCUGCAAGUCUUCUCUGUUUACACUAUGUCAGCCUGCCUUGAGGCCAGGUAGCCACACCACAGGAAUGGCUCCAAUAGUAGCAUGUGCUUCAUUUCUUUCCCAACUUUCCAAGCAGUAGUCAACUCAUCGUCAGGCAUUUUAAACAAAGUGAUUGAAGGAGAAAAACACUUGAGCACCUACAUUUGCAGUCAAAUCAAGAAGUUAUUUUCAGCCUAAGUCAAAGGGGCAGGACCUCAGCCUGUGGGAAAGUCAUGUGCAGUAAGAGAAGCCUAGAAAAAGUCUUAUUCUGAAAGAGGGUGAAAGCACCCCAGAGAAACUGUAUUUUUCACUUAGCAGUUCUAGUCCUAUUUCCUACAGCCUGUACAAAUUCUGUUUAUAGCUUUAACUUAAAGGAUGUUUGGGAGGGGAUCUCAGGCACCCUUUUCUUGCAUUCCCACUAAGUUCUUUUUGGAUGCAAAAAAAUUGGUUGAAUUUUCCAGCUGUCCAAGAAAGGGUCUGUGGUCCUAGAGUUCACAGCAACUGUAUUUUUAAGCCAUAUUUGAAAUUAGACCCACAAUUAUUUGCUCCUUCUGUUCAGCUUGGAUACCAGAGUAAUCUGUUGAAAACCUUUUCCUUUGUACCCUUCCCCAAAUCAGUAUUUUUGUUUCCUCUCCAGUACUUGAUGAAGCUGGAGCUGUGUCAGUUUUAACAGUAUGUAUCCCAUCUAAUUGAAUUACUGGUAGUAGUUGCCACAGUAGAUUCUCAUCAUUUCUUGUAUUAUUAAUAUCAAGCUGUAUAUGAAGGAACUUGGAAGACAUGAUUUUCCAUUUUAAUGGUUUAUCUAACUGACUUACAGCUUUGGCAUAAUGUGACUACUGGGAGCCACAUAUGUAUUCCUCCCCAGCAGGGAAUGGUAUUCCCACUGUUCAUUUUAACAACAUUAUAGCCUGACCUAAGUUUCUUGAAGUUAUAUUUGCUUAGUGUCCCUUUACUUUUGAUUUGGGAGUCCUAGAUUGUAAUCUCAUACACAAAUCGUAACAUCCCCUUAUGCUCUCUUCUAUAGCUAUAUCAAGCUGAUGAACAUUUUAUGGCUGGUAAAAGGUUUCAGAUCAUCCUACUCAAAUAGUAUAUUUGAAGGAGUUACCUGUUUCCUCUCAAAUACUUUCUUGGAACUGAAUCAGAUACAGUCUUCUGUUCAGCCCCAGGACUAAAGUGCCUUUCCUUACAAUUUGUUAGUGGUAGGAGGAGGAGAAAGAGUCUGAAUAUAAGAAAUAUCAGAUGUUCCAUAGGUCAUGCUCUUUAGUUGACUUCCCACAUUCUAAAUGUAUUGGAACAGUUUUGGUUUUGUUUUUUCAAAUUAAAUGCUGUUAUGACUGCAGAGACUGUCCUAUUAUAAGGUAGGAAUAGAGAGUGAGAACAACCAGGCCUGGGCCAUGUCCAGCAAGGGAUCACUGAGUUGAUGGGAGUCACUCAUCUACACUGUACUAUCUUUACUUCUCAGUGCUCCACAUUUGGAAAGUGAGACGCACAGGCAAGGUUCCCCAUGAAAUGAGUGGAAUACUUGAUUACCAUAUUGAGUGAAGGUGAACUGUGCUCCACAGCAAUAUAUGUGCCUUUAAAAGAUUUACACUGUUCAAACUGUGCCUGUUACAGACCACGAUAUAUGCACCAGCCAUGCUAUGCAACCAAAGAAGCAGUUUAAGCAAGAAUUCUUGCCCUGGGAUAAGAGGGUAAAGGGCAAGUAGGCCAGGGUGCCUUUAAGUAGUUUCAGAUCCAUUUCCCCUUUUCCUUUUCAGCAGUGCUAGCUCUAUAGAUGUCAGUCUCCUGCUAGCAUUGCUGUUAAUUUGUUAUAGUACACGUAUGCUUACACUGACAAACUAGCUGAAAACUAGUUUGUCAUUAUCUAUCUUUGGCAGAUUCAAUGGUGGAAUGGUUUGAAGUUUUCUGUUUAAAUAAAUGCUGACACGUA